CUUUUGGCAAGCAAACGUGCGCGUGACAGCACGGGAGAAGAGUGUAGGUGAGCGCAAGACCUCUUUCUUUGCCUUUUCACCCGUUUAUUCUGUGAUUUGUGCCACUAAACCACGGUUUGUCCCGGUGCGAUGAGAAGACAGCUGUCGUACACUAGUUUUCCAAAGAAGCGUCACGGGACGCGUCUCAAAUAAUCCACUCCGACUGAAGCGCACUGCUCGCUGCCUCCGUCAACUUCUUCUGUUGCUUUUCACGAUAUUUAGAACAUUGUUUCACACCUCAUUCAUUUUUUUACGAGCCCAGAGCUUUGCAGAAGAUCAUGGAGACUAACCCUAUACCCAUUUUGACUAUCCAAACGACCCCCUUCGACGACCAGAGACCAGGGACAAAUGGACUGCGAAAGAAGACAGCUGUUUUCGAAAGUAAAAAGAACUAUCUUCAAAAUUACAUCCAAAGUGUGCUGUCCUCCAUCGACUUGAGGGACCGUCAGGGAUGCACUAUGGUGGUGGGCAGCGAUGGAAGAUACUUCAGCCGGGCUGCAACUGAAGUCAUCGUUCAAAUGGCAGCUGCCAACGGGAUAGGACGUCUAGUCAUUGGACAUAAUGGGAUCCUGUCCACCCCAGCAGUCUCCUGCAUCAUCAGAAAGAUAAAAGCCAUUGGUGGAAUCAUUCUCACUGCAAGCCACAGUCCAGGAGGCCCAGGAGGAGACUUUGGGAUCAAAUUCAGUGUCGCUAAUGGAGGGCCUUCUCCAGACACAGUGAUGGAGAGGAUCCAUCAGGUCAGUCGCACACUAGAGGAAUACGCCAUCUGCCCUGACCUCCACAUCGACCUGUCCCGCCUUGGCCGUCAUGACUUUGACUUGGAGAACAAGUUCAAGCCCUUCAGAGUUGAGAUUGUGGAUUCAGUCGAGAUUUAUUUAAACAUGCUGCGGACGAUUUUUGACUUCGGUGCCAUCAAGAGCUUGCUGACAGGUCCAAAACAGCUGAAGAUUCGAAUAGAUGCCAUGAAUGGAGUUAUGGGACCAUAUGUCAGAAGAAUCCUAUGUGAUGAGUUGGGGGCUCCAGCUAAUUCUGCUGUUAACUGUGUCCCUCUGGAGGACUUUGGAGGCCAACACCCCAACCCUAACCCUGCUUUCGCUGUACCUCUGGUGGACUCCAUGAAGGGGGGAGAGUUUGGCUUUGGGGCUGCUUUUGAUGGAGAUGGGGAUCGUUACAUGAUUAUGGGACAAGAUGGGUUCUUUGUGAGCCCGUCGGAUUCACUGGCAGUGAUGGCUGCAAACCUGUCCUGCAUCCCUUACUUUAGUCAAAGAGGAAUCAGAGGAUUUGCCCGCAGUAUGCCAACCAGCACAGCCAUUGACAGGGUUGCUAAGGCUAUGAAGGUGGCGCUUUAUGAAACUCCCACAGGCUGGAGAUUCUUUGGAAACCUGAUGGAUUCUGGGAGGUGUUCGUUCUGUGGAGAGGAGAGCUUUGGAACAGGUUCAGACCACAUCCGAGAUAAAGACGGGCUGUGGUCAGUUCUGGUGUGGUUGUCCAUAAUGGCAGUGCGUAAGCAGGGGGUGGAGGAAAUAGUGAGGGAUCACUGGGCCAAAAUGGGACGCAACUACUUCUGCAGGUUUGACUAUGAAGGAGUGGACGGCAGGGCAGCGUAUUACCUCAUGAGAGAUUUGGAGGCUGUUAUCAUUGAUAAAGCUUUUACCACUCAAAAGUUUUCUGUGGGCAGUAACGUCUACAGUGUGGAGAAAGCUGAUAAUUUUGAGUACAUCGACCCAGUGGAUGGCAGUGUGUCAAGGAAACAGGGCCUAAGGAUCGUCUUCACAGACUCAUCCCGAAUCAUCUUCCGGCUCAGUGGUUCUAGCGCUGGAACAGGGGCCACCAUCCGCAUCUACGCUGAGAGCUAUGAGAGAGACCCAGAGAGACAUAACAGAGAGACUCAGGUUGUGCUGGGACCUCUCAUUGCUAUCGCUCUAAAAAUCUCCAACAUCCACGAACGAACUGGACGCAAAGGCCCCAAUGUGAUCACCUGAGACCAAUCCAGCAGCACACACCAGGGGCCAAAUUCACUUUCCUCACUCACUGAUCCGUUUUCAUUUGUGCCUUUUACCCUCAACGCCACAAAGAAUGUGCCAACUAUUCAUUUUGCUGCUCUUUUAUCAUUUCUCUCCUUGUUUUCCUUUCUUCCCUCUCAUUUGUCAUUACAAGGGCCCCUGUAUGGUUUUCUCUUCUUUUGCACAUUUAUAAACUCAUGUAAACCACUAAACAAAUCCAAAGGGAGCAAAGCAUUUUCUUCAUGCUCACGCAAAGACUCCUUUCCUGUGUUUAAUUCAACGAGAAUGAGGUUAGAAACAGAACAUAUGUAGACCACUUUGGUUUUAAAUCAGCUGCAUGGGGUCUAAACCUUAAACCUUGUGAAAUUGGUGUAACUGUAUGCUUUUGUUUACAAUGUAGCUGUUACAAAGAAAUGUUUUCAAUGCAAUCAAUGAAACGAGGGAGCAAUGCUGUUCAAUAUUUACUUAUUUCUGUGGAAUUCACAUUAGAAACACAUCAUAAUCUGUAGAGCUGGGGCCUCAUUUAUAAAAUGUUGUGUAGAAACGUUCAUUUCUGAAAAGUGCGUACAUGUGAUUCAGAGAACGAACUAACAAAAAACGUGUGUACGCCUCUCUUCCAGAUGUGAAAUCUAUAAAACACAAAUGAUCUUGAAAUGUGCACAGCUGAAUAGUUUCAGAUCUCCGCCUUGUAAACACCCCCUCCAAUUAAUGUAAUUUGCAUAUAAAAGAGCAACAGUCAUGGUCCAUAUCCUGUAGUUGAGAAUGUCGAACGGCAAGAAUUGCUUAGAUUUCCAAAUACCUGCCGUACUCCGACUCUGUCACAAGGAAAACUAACGCUUUCAGGCCCCCAAAACGCGUUUGUCGUGUAAAUGAAUGGCCAAAAAAGCAUAAAAAAGUCCCCCCCCCCCUCCGUGAAUGCAACGAAAACGCAACUCUAGUUUUUACAGUGAAAGAUUGUGUAAUAAGAAUAAAUAUCUAAACAAAACAUUUAAUUUUUGACAACUGUUUUACAAUAAAAAUGUUCAAACAGUAAUACACGGUGAUAUAAACUACUGAUAUUUUUAAUGAGAUUUUUUGCACCAUUUUGAAUUGAAAAUAUGCUAUAAUUUACAUGAUCCAUGUCAUUCAUAACUGAAUGUGACAAGACAAGAAAUGUUUUGCGUUUUUGACAUAUUAGACAUACAAACAAGAGUGAACGUGUGCAUAUUUUUAAAUAAAAUAUUAUUUGCAAAGAGUUUAAAUGGAUUACUUCACAUUCACAACUAAGCUACAAUUAGACCUAGAAGUUUAUACCGGUCUUAUUUAUUUCAAUCCCUUUUAACCGUUUAAUUAUCCCCCCCAAUAUUCAAGAUAUGGUUACAUCCUUGGUGUAAACGGCCCUUAUAAGAUUAAUUAUGUGUGUAUGGAUGUUUUUAUAAAUGAGGCCCCUUAUGUCCAACAAUGAACGACUAAAAUAAUAAUCAUAAAGAUUGUCUUGAAGAACGGUUGUGCUAUAAUUCUACGUCCAAUCUUGUAAUCUGCUAACACUGGUAUUGAUUUGCAAUUUUCUGACCACUUUCUGAAAUGUCCGCCAGAUGAACUUUGUGGUGUGAAUCAAAGUAAAGGAAAGUUUGGCUAUGAAUUGUUCAGCUUAAAUUAUGCUUAGUAGUUACUAUUAUUUUGUUGAUAUUUCAUUUUAAAACCCUGCAUGAAUCAGUUGUUUGUGUGUCAGAUGGAUUAUGUGCAUUCCAUAGUGUGAUGAGAAACAUGCCUCUAAGUUUAUUUUUAUUAUUAUUAUAUAACACUUAUGCAUUUAAAAUAAAUUUCUUUGAGCCAAGACAUUUAUCAGUUUUUAAGAUAUUUGUGAGGAUUUUCGAAAAAUUGUUGUUCCCUUAAAAACCCUUUACAAAUUACGACGACUCCAAGGUGAAAACAAAUGCUAACUUUUAAAUAUUAUUUCGAUGGAUGAUAGAAAAAAGUAAAUAAAUACAAUGGGCCUAGCUGUAAUUAAUUUUGUAUCCUAAAACGUGCAUAAAUAAACUUUAUCUUUUGUGUGUA